AUGAGAAUGUUUCUGGAAGUAUUUGAAGUUGUUCAAUUUGACCAUGUAAUUUGUACGUCUACUAAUGGUUUGGAAGGAAGAUGUCUUCAUAAGUACGAAUGUCAAAGUUCUGGAGGCUCCCCAAUGGGUGCUUGCGCUGAUGGUUACGGAACAUGUUGUGUGAGUAAGUACAACAACUUUUUUGUUCAGGACAAUGAAAUCUAUGUUACUUGUGGUUGGCUUAUAAACCCUGACUUUCCUUCCCCGAGUAUUGAUCGUCUCGCUUGCGCUCUUACACUGAAUAAGACUUCAAAUGAUAUAAAACAAAUACGCUUAGAUUUCGCCAAAUUCGAGCUCAUGCCCCCUACUUCAGGGACGUGCGACCAGGACCAGUUUGUAGUUUCUGGACAGAAUACCAACCACGUAAUACCUAUACUCUGCGGAAUUAAUACUGGCCAACACAUAUACAUAGAAGUGGGUGACACGCAAGGACCUAUACGUUUGACAAUUCAGACUGCUGCACCAGAAAGUCGAUUGUUUGCAAUAAAGGUAACACAACUAAAGAGCUCAGACAUCUUAGCCGCGCCGACAGGAUGCCUACAAUAUUUUAAUAAACCGGACGGCUCCAUAGAAUCAUUCAAUUACAGGAACAUAACAGAUAUCGCGAGCGAAUCUAUUCCCAGUUAUUUGAACAAUUUAAAUUACGCAAUUUGCAUUAAGCGUGAGAAGUCGUCAUGCAGCGUCACGUAUACAAAUGAAGAUCCUAUGCAAAUAGUUAAUUAUGACACCGAUGGUCUGCCGUUAAUUCCGCCACGUCAGGCCGGUGUUGAGAUAUUUAACUGUCCAAGUGACUGGCUGCUGAUAUCCGCUGUGAGGCUCUGUGGAGAGCGCCUAAACGAUGGUUCAGUUGUACACGAUUUUUAUUUAGAUGCACCAGUCACAGAUGUCAGCGGCGGACCCAUAGUGGUUUGGUUCAGGUCUGACGAAGGCUAUGUUGGAAGAGGGUUUAAGUUACACUAUCAACAGAGUUCUUGCACAAUAUCGAAAAAAUGA